AUGCGGCCUCUAGUCCUGCUGUGGAGCUGCCUGGUGCUCCCAGGUUAUGAAGCCCUGAAGGGUCCGAAGGAGGUCAGUGGAUUCGAAGGUGACAAGGUGUCCCUGCGGUGCACCUAUGAGAAGGUGGUGAGGACACACAGGAAGUACUGGUGCCGGCAGGGUGGCAUCAUGGUGUCCCGCUGCACUGACAUUGUCUACACAAGUCAGAACCAGGAGGUGGCACAGGGCAGGAUGUCCAUCCGAGACAACCCCCGAGAGCUCUCGAUGACGGUGACCAUGAGGGACCUUACCCUGAAGGAUGCGGGGAAGUACUGGUGCGGGAUUGACCGACUGGGUUUCGAUGAGGCUUUUGAGGUCUCUCUCAUUGUCUUUCCAGGAAAAAGGGGCAGUCCCAUCCCCACUGGCACCUGCUGUCCUCCCUCCCCCAUCCCUUCCUUCCAGCCUCUUCCAGCUACAAGGAGCCUGCAGCCCAAGGCAAAAGCCUGGCAGACUCAGCUCCCAGAACCGACUUUUCCGGGUCUCCAACCGACAGUCGUCACAGCCAAGCAGGGGAAGACAGGGGUUGAGGCCCCUGGGUUCACCGAGGCGGCCCUGGCCCGGUCUGCAGGAACCUCCCGGGUUCUCCCAGGAACCUCUCCAUAUGCUGGGAGUUCUCCUCACACAGCGUCCCCAGCCUGGUCUGCAGGAACCUCCCCUCCCCCGGGAACCUCUCCAUAUGCUGGGAGCUCUCCUCAUACAGCGACCUCUCCUCAUGCAGGGAGCUCCCGCCCAGCCAUCUGGCUGCCCCCCACCACACCAAAGGACUCCAAGGCUAUAGUCAGCGGGGUCUCCAAGUCCAGUGUGUCCAUCCCGGUGGUCCGCAUGUUGGCCCCUGUCUGGGUCCUCUUGUCCCUUGUGCUGGCUACCGUUCUGAUUGCCUUUGGCAGCCACAUGCUCCGGUGGAGAAAGAAAGCUUGUCUGACCACGGAGACACGGAGGAAUGAGAAGGUCUACCUCCCAGCCUCGCCGCCAGGGAACAACUGGGUGCCUGAGGAUGCCAUGAUCAACCUCGAGGCGCCUCCCGAGUGUCUCAGCAACCCCAAGCCCUCUGCGCCCUCCAUGGAGACCCAGCACCUCAGUCAGACUACAGAGGAAAAGGCAGCCCCUUCCCUGGACGCCAAGGAGGAUGUGACGGCAGCUUCUCCCCUGCAGAUGUCUGCUGAGGAACUGGCCUUCUCCGAGUUCAUCUCUGUGUAACUGCGGAAUGACAAGUGAGCAGGAUUCCUACACUUGGGCCUGGUGGAUCCUCCGCUCCCUCUAGCCCGGAGAGUCCUCCUUCCUUCUCUCUGUCACUGUGGGUUCUCCUAGAGCUCUGACCAUGACACCAUGACCCCAGCAAGAGCUCCCUGAUACCUCCGUGGUCAGGCACACAGUGGAGGCCAUGGAGGCGGCCAGUCCAGGGAUUGGCUGUCUUUCCUUCUCCUUCCCCAUGCCACUGUAUACCUAGCUUUGGAAGGACAUUGGAGGAAGGUUCCUUAUCGUCUCUGUCCAGAAGGGCUACUACUCCAUGGGCUCUGGAGACUAAGGGAGGGAACCAGAGUAGGGCGGUCAGCUGAGAGGAGAGUUGGGGCAGGAAGAAACUAGACCCUGGUUACGAGAGGAUAAUGCUAAAUCCAGGCCAGCCGGGUAACGGGAAGAUAGACUGGCACAACUAUUUUUUCCCCCUUUUUCUAUUUUGUUUUGAAAAACGGCAUGCUGGGAAGCGAAGUGCUCAGCAUAUAAAACAUAAAAAUAGGGAAGAAAGACGAAAAGGAGGAAAGUGCUGUUAAGGUCGUCUAUAACCUUACCAAGCCCCGUUGACAUCCCUGAGUGCACUUGCCUGGACCCCUCCUCCCUCUUCCUUCAUGUGUUUUGCGGCUGCUCACUUCACAGAGGGGCCGUCCCACUGCGCACUGCAUGCCGCCCUCCCCAUCUUAUCCCAUCCUGAGCAAUCCCUCUGUGUCCUACAAACCUUGUACAAUAAACUGUUUCUCAGCUGCAUAAUGUUUCAGCAUAUGGGUGUGCCUCAGUUUACCCAACCCGUUCUCUGUCACUAGCUGUUUAAUUUGCAGGGUGAAACUUUGUGCAGGGGCUUUAGCUGCUACUGGAAAUCUCUAGGAGGCUUUGCACGUGUGGAAACAGGUGGUUCUGGGGAAGAAAAUGUUUUCCUUUUAUUCUCUUCUUUUUCUAACCUUCCCCCUUCCCGAGGUCCUUCGCUUCUCCUCUCGCUCCGUCCUCUCCUAACCUUUCCUGGAGGGGUGUCUUGGUAGCUCAAGAGUUUGCUGUGCAAGCAAGAGGACCUGAGUUCAGGCCCCUUGGAAAAGCAUCACUGUGAGUCUGUGACCCCAGUGCUGGAGCAGAGGAGGAUGGUGAAUUCCAGGAGCACAUUAGCCAAAACAUCAACCUGCAGACUCAGUGAAAGACCAUGUCAAAACCUAGAGGAAGACACCCAGUGUAGACCUCUGGCCUGUACAGGUACACAUGGUCAAGUGAAAACACACACACACACACACACACACACACACACACACACACAGAAUCUGUACCUACAAGAACACAGGACAUGCAACUCCAUUAAUACAUUAAAAAUUGGGAUAAGCAGUGAUCCAGUCAAAUAGCAGACAACACCCAAAAAGUUCAUCCAAAGUGGACUUUCCAACCUGACAGAGUAGUACAGACCUGUAAUCCCAGUAUUUAGGAGAUGAGGGAGAAGAGUUC